AUGGCUGUGAAUUAUAUUGAUGAACUAGAUGAUGAUAUGAAAAUUAGCCAGGCUGUAACGGAAGUUAUUGUAAAUAUACGUGAAGAUAGGGAUAUUGACCAACUGAUAUUAUCGGUAAUAAUCUGGAAUGGUAAGUUACUCUUUUCCAAUGUAACUUUUAUAAGCGCAAUUUUCUCAGCUCCUCAGCUGAACAAAAAAUCUGUUAAAUGUAAAAUACAGUCUCUUUUUUACAUACAGUUUGCGAUUAUAUUGUAAAUCACA